AUGAGGCACAGCCUGUCAAAGGCCCCUCGCCGGCGACCUUUCUGUCUGUCCCGCACAUGUCGUUUAGGCCGCGGCGCUGACGGCUCGGUCCUGCGGGCGGUGGCGGCCAGUGGCGGCCAGCGCGUGGGCGGCGUUGCGGCGGAAGAAGCGGCCUUGUUUGAGGGCGGCAGAGGGAGAUUUGGAGUGGAGGUACGCGGAGUGCGGAGCGGGAGGGGGGAAGAGGAGGGGCGCGGCGGGCUGCACAAGGGCGCAGGUAAAUUGCGCCGCGUGGGGAUGGCUGUGCGGUGUGGCGAAUGGAAGCGGCGGACGUGGUCGCAUCGCAGGAGGGGCGUGCUGCGCUGGCGGCGAAGGGAACAACCUGGCGAAGGAGAUGGGAAGGGAUGACGCAAAAUCGGCUCGCGUCGAUGGAGCUACCCUAAGGUAUCAGUUGCGAGAGUGACUGCAUAGCUGUCAUGGGCACUCUAGACUGGAGAGCGGGGGCUUGCUGGACAGGGCCGAUUUACAGUGCCGUUUCUUCAGAUGGCAGCUUCCAGAAAGGCCUUUUCUGUCACGUGCCAAAAAAUAAAACAAAUCGCACUCGGGAAACAAUAGUGCCAACUUCGUUUCUUUUACCCACCGUCUCCACGCACAUCACUCUCUGCCAUCUCCGCGCGUCACCCGCCCACAACCGUCAUGACGACGCAAGCAACACCAUUCGAGAUGGAGACGACGGGGAUGUCGAAGAAGGCAUUUCUCGAGCCGUUACGCCACCGUCCGCGCACCCUGCCGGAUUCAGAGGAGGAGCUCAUGUGCGUCAACAAGAAAAGCCUCUUCCGUGCCCUCCGCAUGGCCAAGGCCUCACGGUGGGUUGCGGAUUGGCUCUUCACGCACAGGGACCACCCGUUCCAUCACCACACCACGAUCCCCGCCGACGCCUUCGACAACGCCCUGGUCAUCCGCGGCACGCACGCGCCGCGCGGCGCGCCCGACUGCGGCGUCGGCGUCGCCCCGGCCGCCGCGCCCGUGGUCCCGGGAAACGACGUGCUGUUCGUCCCCGUGGCGCAUGCGGCCGGCCGCCUGAUCGGAUACACGUUCGGUGGGCUGGACGCCGAGCAGGCAGGCACGCUGAGCUGCGGGCACGACGCGCGCAUCCUGCCGUUCUUCCCGCACUUUGUCGGCCGCUUCGCGUUUGACGGCGUGGAAAACGACCUCUUGGUGGUGGUGAACGAGAUGAACGAAAACGUGACGGGGGUGAUUUCAAUACAGCGGAGCAAAGAGCUGAUGCGCGAGCGGUCGAGCUUCGCCGUAUUGAACGGGCCGUACGGGUUCGGGGCGCUGCCAGCAGACAUUGCGCAGGUGACCAGGUUGGCGGAGCGGCGGUUGGCGAGCACGCCAAAGUACCAGUUCGCGUCGGGUGGCGGCGGCGACGACGACUCGGGGCGCAGACGACGGACCGUGCGCACGGACAUGGAGACGCUUCGUGAGGGCUUGGCCAAGCUGGAGCGGCUCGUCAAGGGCAAGUUCUACGCGCCGCAGAUGAUCAAGGACCAGAUGGACCCGGAGAAGGGCGACCUGCUCGUGCGGCAGACGGGGCAAGUGGACUCUGGUUUUGACGUCAAGGACGCGGUCGGGAUGCGGAUGUUUAGGGACACGGCCGGGAGGGCAUACUAUUCGUAUAUGGCGAGCAUAGCUUCGCGGCGCGCGGCCGUGAAGGCGGCGGGCAAAUAGGUGCGUAGUACAUGGAUGUCUCGACGGACUAGCACUGUGUGUUACGGGGAGGGGGGGCGUGAGGAGGAUUGUGGAGUAGAUUGUCAAAGAGGGCGGCGAAAGAGAAGGAAAGCGUGGCGUGCAAUCGGGGGAUGGGAGAGGGGUCCACGGCGCGGGGUUGCACACGACCAAUCAGCGGGCGCCAUGCUGUUAAGCACGGGUCCUAUCCGCGGCACGUGUGUUUGCCUCAGGAGCGAUCUCGAAGGCGUCACUGGGCGUUGGGCGUUUGCUCAAGUGCGACAGCCGCAUCUCCUUGCUGCCCUACUCAAGCUGUACCCAAGUACUGUACACUGUAGUGAGAGUGAUAGAACCAGUAGCCUCGUACUGUAAUUCCCAUGCAUCUCCUUGUCUUACA